CUCGUGUUCCGGCUCCCCCGAGACCAUGAAGCUCGUGAGGAAGGACAUUGAGAAGGACAACGCGGGCCAGGUGACCCUGGUGCCCGAGGAACCCGAGGACAUGUGGCACACCUACAACUUGGUGCAGGUGGGCGACAGCCUGCGCGCCUCCACCAUCCGCAAGGUGCAGACGGAGUCGUCCACGGGCAGCGUGGGCAGCAACCGGGUCCGCACGACGCUCACGCUCUGCGUGGAGGCCAUCGACUUCGACUCGCAGGCCUGCCAGCUGCGGGUGAAGGGCACCAACAUCCAGGAGAACGAGUACGUGAAGAUGGGGGCGUACCACACCAUCGAGCUGGAACCCAACCGUCAGUUCACCCUGGCCAAGAAGCAGUGGGACAGCGUGGUCCUGGAGCGCAUCGAGCAGGCCUGUGACCCCGCCUGGAGCGCCGACGUGGCAGCCGUGGUCAUGCAGGAGGGCCUCGCCCACGUCUGCCUGGUCACGCCCAGCAUGACCCUCACCCGCGCCAAGGUGGAGGUGAACAUCCCUAGGAAGAGGAAAGGCAACUGCUCGCAGCACGACCGCGCCCUGGAGCGCUUCUAUGAGCAGGUGGUCCAGGCCAUCCAGCGCCAUGUCCACUUCGACGUGGUCAAGUGCGUCCUGGUGGCCAGCCCCGGCUUUGUGCGGGAGCAGUUCUGCGACUAUAUGUUCCAGCAGGCCGUCAAGACUGACAACAAGCUGCUCCUGGAAAACCGGUCCAAGUUCCUGCAGGUACACGCCUCCUCGGGGCACAAGUACUCCCUGAAAGAGGCCCUUUGUGACCCCACCGUAGCCAGCCGCCUGUCUGACACCAAAGCCGCGGGGGAAGUCAAGGCCUUGGAUGACUUUUAUAAAAUGCUCCAACAUGAACCCGACCGUGCCUUCUAUGGACUCAAGCAGGUGGAGAGGGCCAAUGAGGCCUUGGCAAUCGACACACUGCUCAUCAGUGACGAACUUUUCCGGCACCAGGACGUGGCCACCCGCAGCAGGUAUGUGCGGCUCGUGGACAGCGUGAAGGAGAAUGCGGGCACUGUUCGGAUAUUCUCCAGUCUCCACGUGUCCGGGGAGCAGCUUAGCCAGUUGACUGGAGUAGCUGCCAUUCUCCGCUUCCCAGUCCCUGAACUCUCCGACCAAGAGGAUGACUCCAGUUCUGAAGAAGAUUAAUGACUGGGACUUACCCUCUGGAGGAAACUGGUGUCUGUUACAAUACAUUGUCCCUGCAACCUUGUGACAAAAAUCUGCAAGAGUGCUACAGGGAUAUCUCAUGUAUUUGGUCACCUGAGUGGAUGGUGGCUAUGUGUUCAAACAAAAUAAACUAAAAGAAAAUAAUUUCCGUGCCCUUCGAUCUAUCAGUUGAGGAGGUUUUUGUAAAGAUUUCCGAGUUAUUUGCGGUACAUAGAAACAAAUUUUCUGUAUUUG